UCCCCACCAUCACCAUCAUGGAUCCAGACCCGCAGCCCGGCCCUCUGCUCUCCCAGCCCAGUGCGGAGUACUUCCAGUGGGACCUUCGCCUCCAGCUCAUCGGCCUGGGAUUCAGCUUCUAUGCAGCAGCCUUCCUCCUCUGUCACCUCCUGUCCCUGGCUCUGUCCCGCACCUACAAUUCCCUCCUCGCCAAGGAGAAGGUCUUCUGGAACCUUGCAGCCACCCGGGCGGCGUUCGGCAUCCAGAGCACCGUGGCCGGUGUCUGGGCGCUGACCGCGGACUCCAAUUUGACCAGAGACAAAGUGAGAGGACAGGAGGACUGGUCGUGGUUUAACGUCCUCACAGCCACGGGGUUCUUCAUGUUUGAGAAUUUUGCACUACACGCCUCCAGUGUGGCGUUCAGGUCAUUCGACCUCCCACUGGCGACACACCAUUUCUUCGCCCUGUCAGGGUAUGCAGGGGCGGUGGUGUGGGACUCCCUUGGCCACUACCUGCCGAUGGUCACGCUGCUGCUGGAGAUAAGCACGCCGUUCACCUGUAUAUCCUGGAUGUUACUGAAGGCCGGCUGGGCACGCUCCCAGAUCUGGAGAGCAAACCAGUGGGUGAUGAUCCACAUGUUCCACUGUCGCAUGGUGCUCACCUACCACCUCUGGUGGGUAACCUUCACCCACUGGGGGGAGAUGAUCACCCACGUGGCCCUGCCCCAGCUCCUGCUUUUCUUCACUGGCCUUGCUUUGCUCACGCUCAUCAUCAACCCCAUCUGGACGCACAAGAAGACCAUGCAGCUGCUCAAGCCUGUGGACUGGAACUUUGACAACAAGCCAGCUACCUUAAACAGGGCUGCAGACGGCCAGUCUGGGGUUUCCAUCAAACCUCAUGCCAGCUGAGGGCAACUGAGGAGGUCCUUUCUUAUCUGACCGAAUCCAUGUUGGAUUUUACUUGUUACUCUUUUAGGAUGGAUGUUUGAAGUUACUUUUAACAUGAGGAUAGUAAUAUGGAUAUUUUCAAGACCCGUUAUUUUUAAACCAACACAAUAUAGUUUAUAAAACAGCUUUGAAAUCAUGUACAGUCUUAAAAUUUGGAGCGUAGCGUCUCUCCCGCAUCGCCUGGAAUGUAACUCUGGUUUGUCAUGCAGAAACAAUUGCAGCAGGCUUUAGGACAUAAGAGAAACUGACGGUGUAAGAAACCGAAACCAGACUCAAGAUCGGCUGAAAGACAAAAGCAUGCAGGACAGAUGCUGACCCUGUUAAUGAUCUGGAGGUCUCUGGAUAAAUAACCUUUGAGGCUAACUGGCUCUUUUGGCCGUUGGUGAAGACAAACAUCUGAAAUCCUGCUUGCCUGCAGAGGACAGUUAAAAAUGCUUUAAGCAGGGUUCGUACAGUCAUGGAAAACCUGGAAAAGUCAUGGAAUUUUAAAAUGUGUUUUUCCAGGCCUGGAAAAGUCAUGGAAAAAAAUAAUCUUCCAAAAGUUUUGGAAAAGUCAUGGAAAUUGGUUAUAUUCAUAUUUUCAUGUCGUUCAUUUUAGGGAUGGGCAUAAUUAAUAGACGAUCGAUUAAGACAAUUUAAUCAAAUGCCCAUCCCUAGUUCAUUUACGCUGAGUUUUAAAUAAUUCAUAUGCUUUUAAAGAAAUACGCUCAAAAUAUAGGCAGGCAUACUUGGGUUUGUGUAAUUUAAGGUAUACUGUAUGCCUUGGAAUUCUCAUUGUUAGUUUGAAUACUACAUUUUGUCACUUUUUAGUGUAUACACCGAGAUUUCACAAAAUGUUCGGUCAUGGAAAUUUGGUUUAAAGUUAUUGAAAAGUCAUGGAAAAGUCAUGGAAAUCCAUUGGUCAAAAUGUGUAUGAACCCUGUUUAAGAAAAAUUAAGUCAGUUUGUUUAUGUGAGAAAGAGAAUAAGCGACAGCGGUGGUAAAACUACGUUAAAAUAAUGGUUUUAAUUGGUCUGCGCAUUCUGUCAACUUGUGUUUACGACACUGAUAGAAGCGUUUCUCAUCUCUUUCACUGGAAGGGGAUCUUGAGUGUAACCACUAGCAAUUCUUACAUUGUGUUGCUUUUAGUCCCUGAUCUGAAACCCACCUAGAUAAACAUUGCCUCCCAUCAGGUUUUACUUUCUGACAGUUUUCAUGUAGGUUUUAGUUUUUUUAUAAUCUUAAGAAAAGACAAUUUAUUUCACAUCUGGUUUGCUCUUCAAAGGUAUGUGUGGUUGUGUAAGGCAGUGGAAUGGGUCCCUGCUUGAAUGUGUCACCUUCAAACACUGGAUUGUGAAAGAUCCAUUCUACCAGUUUAAGAACGGUUGAUUCACAGUAGGGCAAAUGAAGGGCAAAUAUAUAAGAUAGCAAAUCUAGCAAGAGCUAUUCAAAAGUACAAACUUUGAAAAAUGUUAAUCCUGGUUACUCGAAAGAAAAAUCCACCCACAGAGUUAACUGAUUUGACUUAUUGUGCAGGAGAAAUGUUAGUGUUGUCUGACCGUUUGAAGCUACUGUACACUGACAGUUUUUUGAGAUUUACAUCCUGUCGUGUUUGAGGAGGUGUUCCACUGUUAAUCUCUUUGCAGCCACAGCUGCUUCUGGUUAGCUGCUGUUUAUAGUUGAGUCCUGUUAGGCUUUCAGUGAAAGACGACCAGUAGUAACACGUUGUCAGCUCGGGGGAGACAUGACAUGAGAGGAGAGGUUAUGCUCCUUCUCAGUAGUCAUCAAACGACUCUGCCUUAAAGUCACGUCAAGAAUGUGGUCUUUGUCUUCCGGGCUUUUACAACAGAUAUUUAGCAUUAGGUUCUGAAGGUUAUUCAUUAGCGCUAGUGAAUACUAAGUGGAUAAUGACAUGAGUCAAAUCAUUAUUCUCAUUCAGAGUGAACUAUUUAUUGUGGCCAUGAGAGAAAAAGCCUUUAACGAAUCUUCUUUACGGGUGGAAGAAAAAUCAGGACCGGUUCCCUCCAUAAAGGCUCUAUUGUUCAGAAUGGAGAUGUAAUGUGACAAAAUAGAAGCAGUAUUGAUGCAGAAUAACCAUGAAAGUAUGCUUGUUCCAGGUUUCACACUGACAAUAAUAGUUAGUUUGGAUAUAGUUUGUGCUUAUUCCAACUCAACCGCAUCAAUGUUUCAAAACGUGUCUUUUAUUUUUCUGCACAAUGUAAUCAUUGUUCUUGGCCUUGAGUGUUUGAUGUGUAUGUCACAGAAAAUUAGCAUUUAAAUGUCAAACUUUCAGAUCUUUCUACCAUCUGUCACAUUUCUCAGCAUGUUGCCUGUAUCUGUAUUAUUACUUUACCUCAUAACUAAUUACUUUAAUAAGCCCUCAUGUAUUUUACAGUGUUACAAAACGAGCUAAAUUUGUAGCAUUUUUUUGAAAUAUUGUCAUCACAUCCGUUAUACACAUGUGAAAUAAUCAUUUGAUAUCUUACCAUAUGUGUGAGCCUAAAAAUGACCAACAGACAAUAUUCUAUUUACACUCUGCACUCUCUGUAAUAUAAUGGGAUGGGUUGGUGGUGGUAUAAGCUCCAUAACAUUCAACAUCCUGUUUGUUUUUUAGUUUGAGAUGCAUACAGUUUACUCUCAAACAGAAUUGUUUCCGUAGGCUUUGUUCAUACUUGAAUGUUUCAUGGUUGUUCAUCUGCCUGUAGGUGGCAGAAAAUAUGCAUUAUGGGUUUUGGUUUAACUACACAUGAGUUUGACACAAUUUUUUUCCACUUCAUGGUCUAUCUACUCCAAAGCACAAACACAGUGGUUUUAACAGGCUUGUUGGUUUUAUUAAGUAAACUGUUGAAUAUGAGUUAUUUUCCUUUUUUGGGUAACAUUCAAUAAAACCAAGUAA